AUGUUCAGGUUUAGAUGCGCGUUCCUCAAACUUCCGCAAACUCUCUGGAGUCACUCGGUCAGUCAUCAUGUCCAACAAUAACGCUAGCAGCAGCAGUGUGGCUGUGGCGCAGAAAGCCGUCAAACAGCUCAGACUAGAGGCCAAAAUACGACGAAUUAACGUUUCUCAAGCUGCCACAGACCUGAAGAACUUCUGCCUGCAGAACGCCCAUAAAGACCCGCUGCUGUUGGGCGUGCCAUCCAGCGACAACCCCUUCCGCCCGCCCAAGUCCUGCGGCCUCCUCUGAGCGACUCCUGUCUGAUCACGCAUAGGUUACCAACAAACUCCUGUCCUUCUAAAGCACCGUAGAUGCGUUUAGUAAAUGCUUACGCAAUCAUAAUCAUUUUAACAUUUAUCAGGCCGUCCAAGAUGU